AUGCUGCUCCCUGCCCUCCUCUUUGGGAUGGCAUGGGCACUGGCUAACGGGCGGUGGUGUGAACAUACACGAAUCCUGGUGGAGGAGGAAGUGGCCCCCCGCCAGGAGGACCUGGUGCCCUGCACCAGCCUCUACUAUUACCAGCGCCUGGGCUGGCAGCUGGACCUGUCCUGGAGUGGACGUGCCGGGCUCUGUCCCACCUAUAAGGCCCCAGAAACCCAGCUUGCUGCAAGGAACCGGACAGUGAAGGCUUGCUGCCCAGGCUCGGGGGGCAGCCACUGCACCCUGGCCCUUGCAGAAGCCAGCCCUGGGGGCCAUUGCUUUGCCACUCAGCAGUGCCAGCAGCAGGCAGGCUCAGCUAACCCUUCGGCAGGAAGCCUGGAGGAGUGCUGUGCCUGGCCUUGGGGACAGAGCUGGCGGGAGGGCAGCUCCCAGGCUUGCCUCAGCUGCUCCAGCCGACCCCUCCCACUCGGUGUAUCUCCUCCAGGCAGCACUCCCCCUCCAGCCCUCCUGCAGCCCCUGGCGGGGGCCGUGGCCCAGUUCUGGAGCCAGUGCCAACGGCCCUCGGCCACCUGCGCCACCUGGUCAGGCUUCCACUACCGGACCUGUGAUGGGCGCCACUACCACUUCCUGGGCCGCUGCUCUUACCUGCUGGCGGGCGCUGCUGAUGCCACCGGGGCCAUCCACCUCACGCCCAGGGGGCACUGCCCCCAGCCUGGGCACUGUCAGCUGGCCCGAGUAAUGAUGGGACCCGAGGAGGUGCUGAUCCAGGGCAAAAAUGUCUCUGUGAACGGGAAGCUGGUACCUGAUGGGGAGUCUCAGCUGCUCCACGGGCUGAGCCUGCAGUGGCAAGGGGACUGGCUGGUGCUGUCAGGGGGCCUGGGGGUCAUUGUGCGCCUGGACAGGUCCAGUUCGGUCUCCGUUUCUGUGGACUCUGAGCUCCAGGGACAAACUCAAGGUCUCUGUGGAGUCUACAAUGGCCAGCCUGAGGAUGACUUCCUGGAGCCUGGAGGGAGACUGGCUGUGUUAGCUGCCACCUUUGGGAAUUCCUGGAGGCUCCCUGACUCAGAGCCUGGGUGUCUGGAUUCAGCGGAGGCAGCCCAGGGCUGUGAGGACCCCCUGAGCGGCAAAGAGGCAGGCACGGAGGCUGAAGCCCAGGAUGUGUGCCACCAGCUGCUGGACAGUCCAUUCAGGGGAUGCCAUGCCCAGGUUCCCCCUGCUGAGAACCACCAGGCCUGCCUCUUUGCCUACUGUUCUGGGGCCCCAGCAGGCAGUGGGCGAGAGGCCCUUCGGGAAGCCGUGUGCACCACCUUGGCCAACUAUGCCCAGGAGUGUGCCAAGCAGCAUAUCCAUGUGGGCUGGAGGAAGCCAGGAUUCUGCGAGCGCCUGUGCCCUGGGGGCCAGCUGUACUCGGAAGGCGCCUCGGCUUGCCCAGCCAGCUGCUCAGCAGUGGGUGAAGGAGGGGAGGGGUCCUGCCGGGAAGCGUGCGUGAGCGGCUGCGCGUGCCCCGGCCUCUUCUGGGACCACCGGCACCCCGGGGACACCGUGCGCCAGCUGUGCAACCCCUGCGUGUACCAGGACGGCCGCUGGCUCUGCGCGCAGGCGCCGUGCCCAGCCGAGUGCGCGGUGGGCGGGGACGGGCAUUACCUCACCUUCGAUGGGCGGAGCUUCUCCUUCCGCGGCCGCCUGGGUUGCGGCUCCAGCCUGGUGCAGGACUUGAAGGGGCAGCUGCUGAUUGUGCUAGAGCAUGGGGCCUGUGACACUGGGAACUGCCUCCACGCCAUCUCUGUUUCUCUGGGGGACACCCACAUCCAGCUCAGAGACUCAGGGGCUGUACUCAUCGAUGGGCAGGACGUGGGCUUGCCGUGGCGUGGGCCUAAGGGCCUCAGUGUCUCCCGAGCCUCCUCCACCUUCCUACUGCUGCGCUGGCCUGGGGCCCAGGUUCUCUGGGGAGUGUCUGACCCCGCAACCUACAUCACUCUGGACCCCCGCCAUGCCCACCAGGUGCAGGGUCUGUGUGGCACCUUCACCUGGAACCAGCAGGAUGACUUCCUGAUACCUGCUGGCGAUAUGGAGACCAGCAUUUCAGCCUUUGCUAGCAAGUUCCAGGUGGCAGGCGAGGGAAGCUGCCCCACAGACGACAGCGCCCCACUUUCCCCCUGCGGCACCCACACUCAGCGCCACAUUUUUGCGGAGGCAGCUUGUGCUGUCCUGCACGGCCCCACCUUCCAGGGAGCCAGAUUGGGGGAAUGCCAAGGGCUGGUGGACAAGGAGCCGUUCCACCUGCGCUGCUUGGCAGCUGUGUGCGGCUGUGCUCCUGGCAAGGACUGCCUGUGCCCCGUGCUCGCUGCCUUUGCUCGUCGCUGUGCCCGGGAGGGUGCCUGGUCUCUCUGGAGGACCCACACGCUCUGCCCUGUCCCGUGUCCUGGGGGCCAGGAGUGCCAGGAGUGUACCCCAGCGUGUGGUCGAAACUGUGGGGAGCCAGAAGACUGUGGGGAGCUGGGCAGCUGUGUGGCUGGUUGUAACUGCCCCCCAGGACUGCUGUGGGACCCCGAGGGCGAGUGCGUGCCCCCCAGCUUGUGCUCCUGCCAGCUUGGAACUCAUCGCUAUGCCCCUGGCAGUGCCACCAUGAAGGACUGCAACCGCUGUGUCUGUCAGGAGAGGGGCCUCUGGAAUUGCUCUGCACACUGUGGCCCCCAGCAGACAUUCUGCCCCCGUGACCUUGUCCAUGUCCCUGGUGCCUGCCUCCUCACAUGUGACAGCCCUGGUGCCAACCACUCCUGCCCCCCGGACAGCACAGGGAGCUGUGUCUGUCCCCCAGGCACCGUGCUGCUGAACGAGCGCUGCGUGCCUCCUGAGCCCUGUCCCUGCCGUCACGGAGGGCAGUGGUAUCCGCCCAAUGCUACCAUCCAGGAGGACUGCAACAUUUGUGUAUGUCAGGCUCGGCAGUGGCACUGCACGGGCCACUGGUGCGGCGGAUGGUGCCAGGCAUAGGGUGCCCCCCACUACGUGACCUUCGAUGGGCUGGCUUUCACCUUCCCUGGAGCCUGCGAGUAUCUGCUGGUUCGAGAGGCCAGCGGCCGGUUCAGCGUCUCUGCCCAGAACCUGCCCUGUGGGGCCAGUGGGCUCACCUGCACCAAGGCCCUGACCGGGCAACUACGGAGCACUGUUGUGCGCAUGCUCAGAGGCCGGGCAGUGAUGGUGAAUGGUGUGAGCAUAACGGCCCCCAAGGUCUACACAGGCCCUGGGCUGAGCCUGCGCCGUGCUGGUCUCUUCCUGCUGCUCACGACCCCCCUGGGCCUCAGCCUGCUCUGGGAUGGAGGCACCCGGGUCCUGGCACAGCUGUCCCCACGGUUCCGUGGCCGUGUGUCUGGGCUGAGUGGAGAUUUUGAUGGAGAUGCCAGUAAUGACCUGCCGAGCCGCCAGGGCGUCCCGGAACCCACAGCUGAGCUGGCUGCCCACUCCUGGCACCUGAGGCCGCUCUGCCCCGAGCCGGGAGACCUGCCACGCCCCUGCACCGUGAACGCCCACCAGGCCAGCCGGGCCUGCGGCCGCUGCGGGGUGAUGCCACAGUCUUUUGCCCGGGGCCACGCAGAGGUGCCCCCGCAGCAGCACUAUGAGUGGUGUGUGUGUGACGCGUGCAGCUGCGAUUCAGGGGGCGACUGUGUGUGUCUCUGCUCGGCCAUUGCCACCUAUGCAGACGAGUGUGCCCGCCAUGGGCUCCCUGCACGCUGGCGUAGCCAGGAGCUCUGCCCUCUGCAGUGUGAAGGGGGCCAGGUGUAUGAGGCCUGUGGCCCCAUGUGUCCCCCGACCUGCCAUGACCGUGGUUCUGAGCCCGGGUGGCACUGCCAGGCUGUCGCCUGUGUGGAGGGCUGCUUCUGCCCCGAGGGGACUCUGCUGCAUGGAGGAGUCUGCUUAGAACCAGCUUCCCGCCCCUGUGAGUCAGGGGGCCGCUUCUUCCCGCCGGGGGCUGUGCUGCAGAAGGACUGUGGGAACUGCACAUGCCAGGAAAGCCAGUGGCUCUGCGGGAGCGACAGUACCUGCUGUGAGGAGCUGGAGGCUGGCUGUGCGGAGGGAGAGGCCCCAUGCCGGGAGAGUGGGCACCGUGUGCCCCACAGGUGGCUUUGUGACAACCAGGAUGACUGUGGUGAUGGCUCAGACGAGGAGGGCUGUGCCACGCCAGGCUGUGGGGAGGGGCAGAUGUCUUGCAGCUCCGGCCACUGCCUGCCCCUGGCCCUGCUCUGUGACGGGCAGGACGACUGUCCGGAUGCCGCUGACGAGGAGGCCUGUCUGGGGCAGCUGAACUGCUCUCCUGGGGAGCUGUCCUGCGUUGAUGGCACCUGCGUGGGGGCCGUCCUGCUGUGUGACGGAAUCUGGGACUGCCCGGAUGGAGCCGACGAGGGACCCGGGCAGUGCCCCUUCCCUUCGCUGCCCACUCCCCCAGUGGGCACUGUGCCUGGCCCUUCCGCGGGUUUUGGGGGGACUGCACCAACUCCCCGGGCCAGCGCCAGCCCCGCGCCGCCCUGCGGCCCGCACGAAUUCCCGUGCGGCAGCGGCGAGUGCGCGCCGGGGGGCUGGCGCUGCGACCGCGAGGAGGACUGCGCCGACGGCAGCGACGAGCACGGCUGCGGCCCGCCCUGCGCCCCGCACCACGCGCCCUGCGCCCGCGGCCCGCACCGCGUGUCCCCCGCGCAGCCGUGCGACGGCGUGCCGCACUGCCCCGACGGCUCGGACGAGGGCCCCGCCGCCUGCGAGGGGAUGACAGCCCCAGGAGGCCCCAACGGAAUCAGGGCUCCCUGCCCGGAAUACUCCUGCCCUGAUGGCCUCUGCAUCAGUUUCCAGCUGGAUUGUGAUGGGCAGCCUGACUGUGAAUUGGCCGGGGAGCUAGGGCCUUCCCCAGAAGAGCAGGGCUGUGGGGCCUGGGGCACCUGGAACUCAUGGGGGCCAUGCAGCCAGACGUGUGGGCCUGGGGUGCAGGGCCGGAGCCGCCACUGCUCCCCCCGCCGCCCGCCGGGUCUCCCGGUGCUGCAGCACUGCUCAGGCCCUGAGCACCAGACUCAGGCCUGCUUCACGGCCGCCUGCCCAGUGGAUGGCGAAUGGACCUCCUGGUCUCCCUGGUCCCCGUGCACUGAGCCAUGCAUGGGCACCAUGACCCGUCAGCGACAGUGCCACCCUCCCCAGAAUGGGGGCCGGACCUGUGCCAUGCUGCCCGGGGACCCUCCCACCACCCUCCAGACCAGCCCCUGCCCUCAGGAUGGCUGCCCUAAUGCCACCUGCUCUGGGCAGUUGCUGUUCUGGCCCUGUGCCCCCUGCCCUCUGACUUGUGCUGAUAUCUCUGGUCAGGCUGUGUGCGUGGCUAACCAGACCUGCAGCAGCCCAGGCUGCUGGUGCCCUGCAGGCCAGGUGCUGGGCAGCGAGGGGCGGUGCGUGUGGCCAUGGCAGUGCGCCUGCCUGCUGGAUAACAAGUGGUACUGGCCUGGGCAGCGCAUCGAGGCCGACUGCCAGCUCUGCACCUGCCAAGACGGGCAGCCUCAGCGCUGUCGGCUCGACCCUGGCUGUGCCGUGAACUGUGGCUGGUCCUCCUGGUCCCCCUGGGCUGAGUGCUUGGGCCCCUGUGGGAGCCAGAACAUUCAGUGGUCCUUCCGGAGCCCCAACAACCCCCACCUCUCCGGCCAAGGUCGCCAGUGCUGAGGCAUCCACUGUAAGGCCCGCAGGUGCCGGACAGAGGCCUGUGCGGGCUGUGAGCGGCAGGGCCGGCUCCGCGGCGUGGGGGAGCGCUGGCGAGAGGGCCCCUGCACAGUCUGCCAGUGUCUGCCCAGCAGCACCGUGCGCUGCUCCCCGUACUGCCCACUGGGCAGUUGCCCCCAGGACUGGGUCCUGGUGGAGGGAAUGGGAGGUUCAUGUUGCCGCUGCGCCCCGCCUGGAGAGAACCAGACGGUCCACCCCCUGGCCACUCCUGCCCCCUCUCCAGCCUUCAGUGCCCAAAUCGGACCCCCUCUGGUCACCUACGUUCUGCCUCCGCCUGGAUACCUCUCUCCUCUGCACCCAGACCCCUGCUAUUGCCCGCUGGGCCUGGCCCGACUCCCCGAGGGGAGCCUGAAGCUGGAGCCCCCCACCCAGGCUGCCCUCCUGGGGGCUCCCACCAAGGGGCCUGGCUAUCCGGGUUGGAGCACUCAGCGGCACACCCGGCCCGCCUACCUGCUGUUGGACCUGCUGCUGCCCCGGAGCCUCACUGGCAUCAUGGUGCAGGGCGCUGGGUCCUCGGCCUUGCUCCAGUCCAGCAGCGAUGGUCUACACUGGCACAACUGUACUGACGUCCUGCUUGGUAUCCUGCCCCCAGCCAAGCUUUUCCCUAGGAACCAGGAUGACGGGGCCCCCACACUGCAGACGUCUGGCCAGAUGGUGCAGGCACAGCACGUCCGGGUGUGGCCCCAGGUCUGCCAUGGUGACACCAACCACAGCAUCUCCCUGCAGGUGGAGCUGCUGGGCUGUGAGCCAGUGUCCCCGCUGGCGGUGCCCCCGUGUGCAGGGGGCAGGCACCGCAGUGCCGGUGGCGAGUGUGCUCCGCGGGGGGGGCCGUGCGACGGGGUGAAAGACGGUGAGGACCGCUCGGACGAGGAGGGCUGCGUGCCCCUGCGCGCGGCCACUGACAGGUACGCGGUGCCCUGCUGCCCAGCUUCGCCUUGGAGGGCCCGGCCUGCAGCACUGCCCUUGGGGCCCAGGCUGAGCCCUCUCCCUCCAUAGGCUCUGGCAGAGGCCGAACGCUGGCAUCCCUCGCGAGGGUCACCCACACCCCCCACAGGGAAGGGACCAGCGACUCAGGCCCUAGCCUCCGAGCCUCCUCACUUGAGUCCUGGGGAAUCUGUGCAGACCGUGACCACCACCCCCAUAUGCAGGGAGGGAGGACACCGUGGGCAGGUGUCCCGUCAGCUGGCUGUGGUGGUGCCCACAGCCCAGAGCGUCGCCCCGGAGCCCUUCCCCCCUGCAAGGUGCAGCCCAGGCCAAGUGCCCUGUGGGGUGCUGGGCUGUGUGGAGCAGGGGCAGCUGUGUGAUGGGAGGGAGGACUGUCUGGAAGGCUCCGACGAGAGGCACUGUGCGAGCCCUGUGCCUUUCACGGUGCCCACCACGGCCCUGCCCGGGCUGCCUGCCUCGCGAGCCCUCUGCUCCCCGAGCCAGCUGAGCUGUGGUAGUGGGGAGUGCCUGCCGGCUGAGCAGCGCUGUGACCUGCAGCCGGACUGCCAGGACGGCUCUGACGAGCACAGCUGUGUGGACUGUGGGCUGACGCCCUGGUCUGGCUGGAGCCUCUGCAGCCGCACCUGUGGGCCGGGCCUCGCCUUCCAGCGCCGGGCCCUGCUGCGGCCUCCCCUGCCUGGGGGCAACUGCCCAUCUGACAGGCUCCGCAGCCAGCCCUGCUUCUUGCAGGCCUGCCCAGUGGCUGGGGCGUGGGCUGUGGGGGGGGCCUGGGGGCCCUGCAGCAUCUCCUGUGGCGGUGGCCAUCGGCGUCGCCACAGGAGCUGUGUGGACCCCCCGCCCAAGAAUGGUGGUGCUCCCUGCCCCGGGGCCUCCCACGAGGGGGCACCGUGUGCCCUGCAGCCCUGCACAGGGGACACAGACUAUGGGCUGGGCCGUGUGCAUAUUAGUGCUGAGCUGUGCCGGAAGGGGCUGGUGCCCCCGUGUCCGCCCUCCUGCUUGGAUCCUGAGGCCAACAGAAGCUGCAGCGGGCACUGUCUGGAGGGAUGCCGCUGCCCCCCUGGGCUCCUCCUCCUCCAUGAUGCUCACUGCCUGCCCCUCUCUGAGUGCCCUUGCCUCGUGGGUGAAGAGCUGAAGCAGCCGGGGGUGCCCUUCCUCCUGGACAACUGCAGCCGCUGCAUGUGUGAGAAGGGGGCCCUGCUGUGCGAACCAGGGGGCUGCCCCGUGCCCUGUGGCUAGUCAGCCUGGUCCUCCUGGGGUCCCUGUGACCGCUCCUGUGGCUCUGGAGUGAGGGCCAGGUUCAGACCCCCUUCCAACCCUCCGGCUGCUUCUGGGGGCGCCCCGUGUGAAGGCGACAGUCAGGAGCUGCAGGCCCGCCACGUGGAGUGCGGGACAGAGGCGCCGGGCUGGACCCCCUGGGCGCCCUGGUCCUCCUGCUCCCGGAGCUGCCUUACCAUCAGGGGAGGCCCUGGUUGGGGCCGUCGUUCCCGGCUCUGCCCCAGCCCCGGGGACACAUCCUGCCCAGCAGAGCCCACCCAGGAGGAGCCCUGCAGCCCCCCUGUGUGCCCAGUGUCAAGCGCCUGGGGUCUGUGGGCUCCCUGGUCGGCCUGCUCAGCCCCCUGUGAUGGAGGCAUCCAGAUACGCGGGCGCAGCUGCUCUGGCGUUACUCCCGGGGACCCCGCGUGCCAGGGGCCUCACAGCCAGACCAGGGAUUGCAACACGCAGCCCUGCGCAGCCCAGUGCCCGGGGGACAUGGUGUUCCGCUCAGCAGAACAGUGCCAGCAGGACGGGGGCCCCUGCCCUCAGCUGUGCUUGGCUCAGGACCCUGGGGAAGAGUGCACCAGCUUCUGCGCCCCUGGCUGUGCCUGCCCCGCUGGCCUCUUCCUGCACAACGCCAGCUGCUGGCCCCGCACUCGGUGCCCCUGCCAGUUGCAGGGGCAGCUCCACGCCCCGGGAGCACGGGCUCGGCUGGACUCCUGCAACAACUGUACCUGUGUCUCCGGUGAGAUGGUGUGCACCUCGGAGCCCUGCCCAGUGGCCUGUGGCUGGAGCCCCUGGACCCCAUGGAGUCUCUGCAGCCGCAGCUGUGACAUGGGCAUUCGGUGGCGCUUCCGGGCAGGAGGCACUGCGCCCCCAGCUGCCUUCGGGGGUGCUGCGUGCCAGGGCCCUAGCAUGGAGGCCGAAUUCUGCAGCCUGCAGCCCUGUCGGGGUCCUGGUGGGAAGUGGGGCCCCUGGUCCCCGUGCUCCGUGCCCUGCGGCGGCGGCUACCGGAACCGCACCCGAGGCGGUGGCCUCAACAGCCCUAUGGAGUUCUCGGCCUGCGGGUGGCAGCCCUGUGCAGGGCCCGUGCCUGGCGUGUAUCCCAAGGGCAAGCGGUGGCUGGACUGCGCCCAGGGCCCUGCCUCCUAUGCGGAGCUCAGUGCCCCACAAGGGACAGACCAGACCUGCCACCCCGGCUGUUACUGCCCAUCUGGGACGCUCCUGCUGAACAACGUGUGUGUGCCCUCCCAGGACUGCCCCUGUGCUCAUGGGGGGCGCCUUUAUGCCCCGGGCAGUGUGGUGCUUCAUCUCUGUGAGAACUGCUCCUGUGUUUCUGGGCUUAUCACCCACUGCACCUCCUGGCCCUGUGAGGAGGGCCAGCCCACGUGGUCACCCUGGACCCCAUGGAGCGAGUGCUCAGCCUCCUGUGGACCUGCCCGACGCCACCGGCGCCGCUUCUGCUCUGGGCCCCCCACCACGGACCUGUCUGUCCUGGCGCUGCCAUCCCCACCAACCUUGCCUACUCCUCUUUGCCCAGGCCCCGACGCUGAGGAGGAGCCCUGCCUCCUGCCAGGGUGGGACCGAGCUGGGGGCUGGGGGCCUUGGGGGCCCUGGUCCAGCUGUAGCCGGAGCUGUGGGCGAGGCCUGUGGAGCCGGAUGCGAGCCUGUGACCAGCCCCCACCCCAGGGCCUGGGGGAUUACUGCGAGGGGCCUCGGGCCCAGGGAGAGGCCUGCCAGGCUCUGCCAUGCCCAGUGACCGACUGCACCGCCGUUCAGGGGGCAAAGUACAGCCCCUGUGGCCCUGCCUGUCCUCGCUCCUGUGACGACCUCGUGCACUGUGUGUGGCGCUGCCAGCCCGGCUGCUACUGCCCUCCUGGCCAGGUGCUGAGCGCCGACGGGGCCUUCUGCGUGCCGCCCGGCCACUGUGACUGCCUGGACCUGCUGAGCGGGGAGCGGCACCGGCCGGGGGCUUGGCUGCCCAGGCCCGACGGCUGCAACUACUGCACCUGCUCGGAGGGGAGGCUGAACUGCACAGACCUGCCUUGCCCAGUGCCGGGUGGCUGGUGUCCGUAGUCGGAGUGGACAGCGUGCUCCCAGCCUUGCAGGGGUCAGACGAGGACCCGCUCCAGGGCCUGUGCCUGCCCCGCUCCUCAGCACGGGGGGACCCCGUGCCCCGGUAAAGCGGGGGACGCAGGGGCCCAGCAUCGGAAGGAGAACUGCCCCAGCUCCCCCGACUGCCCAGUGGAUGGAGCCUGGAGCCCGUGGGGACUGUGGUCUCCCUGUGACCCGUGCCUGGGGCAGUCCCAUCAGAGCCGGGAGUGUAUCUGGCCCCCCACCCCUGAAGGAGGCAGGCCCUGCCCUGGGGGCUACAGGCAGAGUCGCCCCUGCCAAGACAAUUCCACACAAUGCACAGCCUGUGGGGAUGGCCAGGGUCUUCUCCCCUGCGGUUGGCCCUGUCCCCGCUCCUGCCAGGACCUGUCUCCUGGGAGUGGGUGCCCCCCCGGCCAGCUGUCCCAGGAUGGUCUUUGUGUGCCUCCCGCCCGCUGCCGCUGCCACUACCAGCUUGGAGCCAUGGGGAUUCCUGAGAACCAGAGCCGGUCAGCAGGGCCUGGGCUUAGCUCCUGGGAGAGCCUGGAACCCGGAGAGGUGGUGACUGGGCCCUGUGACAACUGCACCUGUAUGGAAGGCAUCCUGCAGUGCCGAGAGGUGCCUGGCUGCCCCGGCCCUGGGAUGUGGGGUUCCUGGGGUCCCUGGGAGGACUGCAGUGUCUCAUGCAGAGGAGGGGAGCAGCUCCGCUCCCGGAGAUGUGCCCGGCCCCCCUGCCCUGGGCCUGCCCGCCAGAGCCGCAGCUGCCACACCCAGGUCUGCAGAGAGGCAGGCUGCCCGGCUGGACGUCUGUACCAGGAGUGCCCGCCCCACGAGGGGUGCCCCUUCUCCUGCGCCCACGUCACUCGGCAGGUGGGCUGCUUCUCCGCUGGCUGCGGGGAGGGCUGCUACUGCCCCGUGGGCACCUUCCAGCACCGCUUGUCCUGUGUCCAGGAGUGCCCCUGUGUGCUCACCGCAUCGCUGCUGUGGGAGCUGGGAGCUGCCGGCGCUGACCCUGGGGCUCACCCCCCCAUUCUGGGAGAGGGCGGUCAGCCCCUUGGGCCUGGGGAUGAGCUGGGCUCAGGCCAGAGCCUUCGUACAGGCUGCAGGAACUGCUCCUGUGUGCACGGGCAGCUGUCUUGCUCGGUGGGGGACUGCUCCAAGGCUGUUGGUGGCUUCGGUCCCUGGGGGCCAUGGGGCCCAUGCUCCCGCUCUUGUGGUGGGCUGGGCACCCGAACCCGCACCCGCCAGUGUGUGCGGCCCUCCCCAGCUCCAGGCAGCCAGGGCUGCGGUGGGCCCCGCCAGGACCUCAAGUACUGCUCUAGCCCAGACUGCCCAGGGGCUGGAGGGUCCACAGUGGAGCCCGUGACAAGCCUUCCAGGCGGCUGGGGCCCACGGUCCCCAUGCUCUCACACCGGCACAGACCCCACUCACCGUGCUUGGCGCAGCCGUGCUCGCCUAUGCCUGGCAGACUGCACCAGGGGGGACGCGUCACAGGAGCGCCCUUGCAACCUGCCCUCCUGCACAGGGCGGCCCCUGUGCCCCAGCCCUGGCUGUGUGGCUGGGAACUGUUCCUGGACCGCCUGGGCCCCAUGGGAACCUUGCUCCCGAAGCUGCGGGGUGGGCCAGCAGCGUCGUCUGCGGGCCUACCGUCCCCCAGGGCCCGGUGGGCACUGGUGCCCCGACAUCCUUACCACUUACCAGGAGAACCGCUUCUGCAACCUGCGGUCUUGCCCAGUGCAUGGAGGCUGGUCACGCUGGAGUCCCUGGUCCUGGUGUGACCGGAGCUGUGGGGGGGGGCGAUCCCUGAGGAGUCGCAGCUGCUCAAGGCCCCCACCCAAGAACGGGGGUGCCCCCUGUGUUGGGGAGAGGCACCACGCUCGGCUCUGCAAUCCCUUGCCCUGUGAGGAGGGCUGCCCAGCAGGCAUGCAGAUGGUCAGCUGUGCCAACCGUUGCCCCCGCUGCUGCUCAGACCUCCAGGAGGGGAUCGUGUGUCAGGACGGCCAGGCCUGCCAGCCGGGUUGCUGCUGCUCUGAGGGCUUCCUGGAGCAGGACGGUGGCUGCGUGCCGACUGGGCACUGUGAGUGUACAGAUGCCCAGGGCCAGAGCUGGGCGCCGGGCAGCCAGCACCAGGAGGCCGGCAGCACCUGCACCUGCCAAGCUGGGCGCCUCUCCUGCACGGCUCAGCCCUGCCCACCGCCUGCCCACUGCACCUGGAGCCGCUGGUCAGCCUGGAGUCCCUGCAGCAGCUGGUGUGGGCCCGAGGGGCAGCAGAGCCGCUUCCGGUCCUCCACAGCGGGCUCAUGGGCCCCAGAGUGUCGGGAGGAGCAGUCCCGGAGCCAGCCCUGCCCUCAGCCCCCGUGCCCACCCCUGUGCCCGCAUGGUGCCCGCCUCCACACCCUGGGGGACAGUUGGCUGCAGGGCGAGUGUCAGCAGUGCUCCUGUACCCCGGAGGGCAUCAUAUGUGAAGACAUCGAGUGCGCAGUACCCGGGGCCUGGACGCUCUGGUCCCCCUGGUCUGAAUGCCCUGUCUCCUGUGGAGGUGGAAGCCAGGUUCGCACCCGGGUCUGCAUGGCCUCGGCCGCUGACUGCAGGGGGGCCCCCUGCCUGGGCCCUGGCACCCAGACCCAGCGCUGUGGAGGGCAGUCUUGCCUGGGGCUGCUGGAGGCCUGCUCCUGGGGCCCGUGGGGGCCCUGUUCCCGCAGCUGUGGCCCAGGCCUGGCCACCCGCUCUGGGUCCUGCCCGUGCCCACUGGCCGAAGUCGACCUCACCUGCAAUGGCACCUUCCUCCACCUGGACACCCAGGCCUGCUACCCAGGGCCCUGCCUAGAGGAGUGCCUGUGGAGCAGCUGGAGCGGCUGGACGCGAUGCUCAUGCCAGGUGCUGGUCCAGCAGCGCUACCGGCACCAGGGACCAGCGCCCACAGCGGGAGCGGCACGGGAGAGCUCUCCCUGCACGCGCCUGGACGGCCACUUCCGGCCCUGCCCCGUCGGCAACUGCUCGGAGGACAGCUGCACACCUCUCUUUGAGUUCCGGGCCUGUGCCCCACCCUGUGCCGGGCUCUGCGCCACACGCCUGAGCCAUCGGCUCUGCCAGGACCUGCCGCCCUGCCAGCCGGGCUGCUACUGUCCAGAGGGGCUGCUGGAGCGGGCCGGGGGCUGCAUUCCCCCAGAGCAGUGUAGCUGCCUGCACCUCACAGGUGAAGGAGCCACGGUGACCCUGGCCCCCGGGGAACGCCUGCACCUGGGCUGCAAAGAGUCUGAAUGCCAGCACGGAGAACUGCAUUGCACCAGCCAGGGCUGUCAAGGUCUUCUUCCUCUGAGUGGGUGGUCCGAGUGGUCACCCUGUGGGCCCUGCCUGCCCCGUGGCAUGCUGGCCCCUGCCUCCAGGACUGUGCUAGAGGAGCGCUGGUCUCAGCACCCAGCUGGCCGCUCCCCGACCUUGGCCCCCUGGCUGGCUUCGGAGCAGCACCGCCAUCGCCUCUGUUUGGACCGAGACCCAGACCUCUGCACCGCACCACUCAGCCAGCAGCGCCUCUGCCCGGACCCGAGGGCCUGCCAUGACUUAUGCCAGUGGAGUCCUUGGGGGCCCUGGAGCUCCUGCCAGGUGCCCUGCAGUGGGGGUUUCCGGCUACGCUGGAGAGAGGCAGCGGCACCCACUGGAGGGGGCUGCCGGGGGCCAUGGGCUCAGACUGAGAGCUGCAAUGUGGGGCCCUGCCCAGGGGAGAGCUGCGAAGCCCGGGACACCGUGCCCACCCUUGACUAUGCCAACCGAUGCCCCAGAAGCUGUGCCGAACUCUGGGACCGCGUGCAGUGUCUGCAAGGGCCGUGCCGCCCAGGCUGCCGCUGCCCGCCUGGCCAACGAAUACAGGAUGGGCACUGCGUGCCCAUCUCCUCCUGCCGCUCUGGCCUUCCCAGCCCCAAUGCCUCAUGGGUGGUGGCCCCAGCUGCGGUGGCACAGCUGGACUGCAAAAACUGCACCUGUAUCAACGGGUCCCUGAUGUGCCCACACCACAAGUGCCCUGUCCUUGGGCCUUGGUCAGCCUGGAGCAGCUGCUCUGCUCCCUGUGGUGGGGGCACUACGGAGCGUCAUUGGAGCUGUGAGGAGGGUCCUGCGGGGGUACCAUGCCAGGGCCGGGACACAGAGCAGCGGCAGGAAUGUAACCUGAAGCCCUGCCCUGAGCGCCUACCUGGCCAGGUGCUCAGAGCCUGUGCCACCGGGUGCCCACGCCUCUGUUCGCAUCUGCAGCCUGGUGCCCCCUGUGUGCAGGAACCCUGUCAGCUUGGCUGCGGCUGCCCUGGAGAGCAGCUGCUGCACAAUGGCACGUGUGUGCCCCCCGCUGCAUGCCCCUGCACCCAGAUCUCUCUGCCGUGGGGCCUUACCUUGCCCCUUGAAGAGCAGGCCCGGGAGCUUCCCCCAGGGACUGUGCUCAUCUGGAACUGUACCCGCUGUAUCUGCCGAGAUGGAGCCUUCAGCUGCUCCCUAGCCGACUGUCACGAGUGCCCCUCCGGGGAAAUGUGGCAGCAGGUGCCCCCUGGGGAGCCGGGGCUGUGUGAGAGGACGUGCCGGGAGCCCAACGCCACGGAGAUUCAGGGCAGCUGCAGUGCGGGGCGGGCCCCGGGCUGUGUGUGCCGGCACGGGCACUUGCGCAGCCAGGCGGGCCUCUGCGUGCCCGCGGACCACUGUGAGUGCUGGCGCCACGGGCAUCCCCACCCGCCCCCAUCCGAAUGGCAGGAGGACUGUGACAGCUGCCGCUGCCUCCGUGGGAGGAGUGUCUGCACCCAGCGCUGCCCCCCCACCUGUGCCCAGGGCGAGGUGACCGUGCAGGAGCCAGGGAGCUGCUGUCCCACUUGCCGCCAAGAGACUCUGGAGGAGCAGUCAGCCUCCUGCCGGCAUCUCACCGAGCUGCGCAACCUCACCAAGGGCCCCUGCUACCUGGACCAAGUAGAAGUGAGCUACUGCAGCGGGCACUGUCCAUCCAGCACCAAUGUCAUGCCUGAGGAGCCGUACCUGCAGAGCCAGUGCGGCUGCUGCAGCUACAGCCUGGACCCCGAGAGCCCCGUGCGGAUCCUGACCCUGCGCUGUCCCGGCGGCCGCGCGGAGCCGGUGGUGCUGCCCGCCAUCCGCAGCUGCCAGUGCAGCGCCUGCCAGGGGGGUGACUUCUCAAAGCACUGACGGCUCCGCUGCACGAGGCUGCCUCCACCCCUCAUGUCAUCACCGGGCUCGGAGGCACUGACUCCCUCCUCCCGUGCCGACCCGCCCACUCCAUGCCCUGGUACCAGCAUCUCCCAAAUAAAGUGACACUGGUAGCAAG